AUGGCUCCGCUCACCCGCGCCACCGCGCUGCCUGCACAGCGACCCGCCGCAUCACAUACGGACAAUUCCGCCGCCAACCUCGAGGCGGAGCCCAGCGCCAUGCGCACUGUCCCCCGAUUCCUUCGGCUCGCAGCCGUCUCCGCGCGCCCCUCCGCCUCCACGCCCGCAGGGGGCCCGUUGCGGCUGGUGCUGCCCGCGGGAAUUGGACGAGCACCGGGCGCCAGCCGGGCACAGAAGCAGGAGGGGGAGCGGCAAGCGGAGCAACCGCGCGAGGAGGCAAUCAGGGGAGCAUCCCCCGCCAGCAGCGCGCGCCCGCUGCUCUCCGCCAAUCUGGGGGCGCAUGGCGCGGCUUCCAGGGGAACCAAGGCGCGGGCAAGGGCGGCGGAUGUGGAUACGGGGGCAGAGAAUGCGCGGGGUCGUGGGGGAGCCGGCAAGGAAGGGGAGGCGGACAGCCGUGACGGAUCGGGGGAGCAGGGGGGCGAGGAUGGGGAGGAGGACGGGGAGAAGGAGCAGAGGAGGCGGAGUGGCGGAGGGCGGGGGGGAGCAGCGGCGGUGAACAGGGGGGCGUGGACGGCGGAGGAGGACGAGCGGCUGGCGGCGCUGGUGGCGGUGCACGGGGCGAAGAACUGGAGCGCCAUCGCUGCUGGCAUCCCUGGCCGGCCUGGGAAGAGCUGUAGACUCAGGCGAGGCCAGUUCACGGUGGAGGAGGAUGCGCGCAUCAUCACAGCACAUGUCCCUCCCUCCUUCUCCCUCCCUCCUUCUCCCUCCUUCCUUCUCCCUCCUUCCUUCUCCCUCCCUCCUUCUCCCUCCCUCCUUCUCCCUCCUCCUUCUCCCUCCCUCCUUCUCCCUCCCUCCUUCUCCCUCCCAUGUCCCCCCCUUGGCAGGUGGUGCAACCAGCUGGACCCGGCAUUGAGGAGGGGCCAGUUCACAGUGGAGGAGGAUGCGCGCAUCAUCACAGCACAUGCCAUCCACGGCAACAAGUGGGCCCUCAUCGCCAAGAACCUUCCCGGACGCACGGACAACGCCAUAAAGAACUAUUGGAACUCCGCCAUGCGCCGCAAGUACCCUCUCCUGCGCGGCCUCCUCUCCGCGCCCGCUCCUGGGCCCCCACAACACUCCGCCUUCCCCCUCCCACCCUUCCCCGGGGCGCCUGAUGGGCAGCAGCAGGGCGAGGGGGAGAGCGCGUACGAGCGCGCAGUGCGGUUUGUGGGGGCCGUUGCAGGCGAGAGGCGUGGCGGCGCUGGUGGAGGAGGUGGAGCGCGUGCGGGAGGAGGAGGGCGUGGGGCGCAUCCGCAAGAUCCUGGAAGGUUCGCCCCUGGGGAUGCGGCGCUGGCUGCAGGCUGUGGAGAGGGAGUGGCGCGAGAGAGAGGCGCGCGGGCGAGGGGUGGAGUGCAUGGGUGGAGGCGAAGGGGAGGACGUGGGAGGGGAAGGAGAGGACGGGGGGCGAGGGAGACGAUGAGGGCGGAAGGAAUAGGCGAGGGAGAGGAGAAUGAGGAUUGGGGGGAUGGGGAACAGAUGGCGCAGGGAGCAGGGGAGCGGGAGCAGGCGGGCGGGGUAGGAGGGGUGGUGAUGGGGGGAAAGGGCAGCGAAAACAAUGGAGGGCUGGGAGCCAAUGAUCAGGUGGUGGAGGAGGAGAGGGAGGGGACGGAAAGGGGCAGGGCGGAGGAGAGAGUUGAGGAGGGGCGAGUGGUGGCAAGAGGAGAAGCGGCGAUGGGAGAGGCGGGGAACGAGAGUGGGGCUGGGCGUGGAGCAGACAAGAACCAGGAGGCAGUGCAGCAGGCAGGACAUGGUGGGGCGAGGGCAGGGGUUGCACCAGGGGAGUGCAGGGCGAGUGAGGCGAGAGAGGGGGGAAGAGGAGUGAAGCAGGAAUUGGAUGAGGGGGUGAAUGACGUGGAAGUGGUGGGAGGAAUGGAAGAGGAGGGUGAGUGGUGUGCGCCUGAGCCACACACCUCCACAGCAUGUGCUCUCCCUCCGCCCCUGCCACACUGUGACGUGCUGCCUGUUGCCAGCCACACCAGUGCCAGCAUCAGCCAUGCGACGAGCGGGGGUGGUGGCAGUGACAGCAGGCAUGCUAGGGGACCAUACCUGUGGAGGCGUCUGUUAGGGCUCGGUACCCUCGCCUGCCACGUUGAUCGCCGCCUUCGCUUCCGAGCCUCACCCACUGCUGUGCCUGCACCUGCUGCUGCUUUGGCACCACUGCUGCCGCCUUCCACCCUUCCCACCACCCCUACUGUUGCCACCUCCCCCCUCCCUCCCUCACACACCUCCCAAGGCACCACCCAGCAGCCACACACACCGUCACCAUCACCAUCCUCCCCACCACUCACUCCCUCUUGCCCUCCCUCCCUCACUCACCCCCACCACCACCGCUCUCUCGCCCCUCCGCAUCUCUCCUCACGCUUUUCAUUCGCCAUUCUCCUGCCGGGCCUCUCCCACUCCUCUCUCCUCCCUGCUACCCACACUCCCUCCCUUCUCCAGCCCUCUCAACCACACAGUCCGCCAAUGCCCCUUACUUCCCAGGUAGGGGCAGGCCGGGUAGCUGAGAAAUAUGGUGGCGGUGGCACGAGGGGCGUUGGUGGAGGGGGUGGGAGCAUGAGGGGAGUGGGUAUGGGGGCGUUUCAGCUGGGGAAGGCGUUUACUGCAGUGCAGGUGACAGGGGGCGAUGAGAGGAUCCGCAGGCACAGGGGAUGUGAGGGCGAGGAGGGGCGUGGGGGUGAUGAGGGGUGUGAGAUGGCCGUGAGAGUAGGGGAGAGGCGAGGACAAGAGCGGGAAAAGGAAGGGGGUUGCGGAGGGGAUGGAAUGGAGCGGCGUCGGCAUGUGGGGGUGGCGCAUCUGCUGCUGGAGGAGCUGCAGCGGCGGCACGGAGUGGAAACACGGGCAGAUAAGGAAGCGGUGGAGGAGCGGCGAGGGGAGUCAGGGAACGUGAACGGGGAGUUUGGUGAGAGGUCACAGGCGGGAGAGCUGGUGGGGGAUGCAGGAUGUUGCAGGGGUGAGCGGUGCUGCUCGGUGAGCAGUGGUGGUGAGGGUGCAGCAGAGGGCAUGGCGUGCCGGCAUCUGCUAGAUGCCAUGCUGACUAGCGCGGGGAGCGCGUUCGCGGAGCGAGCGGGCCGAUACUGCGCGGUCGCGUGGCGCGUGGCGGGGGCGGCAGCGCGGUUGGCGGCGGCGGCGGGCUUGUGGGCGGCGGUUGCGGCGGCGGCGUUCGUGAUCCGCGGGUGCGCGUCGCUGGUGCCGCCGUCGCUGGGGUCGGCGGUGCUGCCGCUGGUGGGCGCGCUGGUGGGCAUGGGUCGCACCCUCGGCUGGCUCGUGCUCCUGCCCUCCCUCGUACGCUCCCCCCCCGCCCGCCCCCUCGCCCGCCCCCUCGCCCGCCCCCUCGCCCGCCCCCUCGCCCGCCCCCUCUCCCACCCCCUUCCAUCCACCCCAUGCCUCACACAUCCCCUCCUUGUGGUGCUGGUGCUGCUGUCGUUCUUCCUGCCGCUGCUGCUCACACUCGCGCUGCUGGUGCUGCUGGCGCUCUUCACAGCGCUGCGCGCCAAGCUGCUGCUCUUCGCCCUCGCCACCGCCCUCACAGCAGGUCAGCCCCGCCCCAUUCAAAGCAGGGAGGAUUGUUCAAACACUAACUGUUCCCCUUUCUUGCCCACACACACGGACAGGCUCGCCUCCCCUUGCUCCCCUUCUCGUGCUCACCUGCUCCUCCAACUCCCCAACGCCAACCCCUCCCACCUGUGCUCUCUUCCCCCUGUUCUCCCGCGUGCUCCCGCACCCACCCCCCUGCAUCCACCAGGGAUAGUGGCAGCGAGCGGGUCUCCUCGAGCAGCACUGCUGCUGCUGGUGGCAUCGACGGUGUACCAUGUGGUGGUGCGCGCGGGGCUCACCACGCUGUGCCUCACGCUGCUCGCCUCCUUCCUCGCCGCCGACCUGCUGCUCCUCCUCGCCUCCUCCCUCCACGACGACCCCGCCCAACCCGACUCAACCCCUCCGAACCAGUCCCAAGCAAGCGCGGCUGGGGGGGAGAAGUCAGGAGGGGUGGGGGGAGCGGCAGGGGAGGGGGAAGCGGGGUUGGCAGGGGGAGAGGGGGGCAGGGGAGAGGCGAGUGGGGGCGGGGAGAUAGAGCGCAUAGUGCGGUGCGGCAACCACUACGAGGUGCUUCGCCUGGCGCCCUUCUGUGCGGCUGUGGAUGAGGGCGCCCUCAAGAAGGAAUACCGCCGCAUGGCAAUGCUAGUGCAUCCGGACAAGCAUGGGGAGGACGAGAAGAAUGCCAUAGUGGCGUUUCAACGCCUGCAGAGCGCAUACGAGGUGCUAUCAGACGAGGGGAGGCGGCGAGAGUACGAGGGCGAGCUGAGGCGCGAGCAGCUCGUGGAGCUCAUCACACGCAGGGCUGCACACAUGUGGCAGGUCCGUGCUGACGUGGCAGGUCCGUGCUCACGUGGCUGGCAGGUCCGUGCUGACGUGGCAGACGAGCAGCACAACAACUGGCAGGGCGGCAGCAGGGGGCAUGGGCGGGGCAGGAGGAAAAGGUGGAGGGGGGAUGGGGCAGGCAGGGGGGACAGCAGGGGGCGAGGAGGAGGAGGGGGGGGCGGCCAGUGGCUUGCACUGAGUGUGGGAUGGCGCAUGUGUGGCGCCCCGUCUCCCGCCCCUGCAGCCAAGCCCGCUGGUGCCAGGUGGGGUGCGAUGGGGUGCAUGGGGUACACUGGGGUGGAGUGGGAUGCAGUGGCAGGAGUGUCAGAGGCACCACCCAUGCAAGGAGGGGGAUGGCUGGGUGGAGCAACUUCCCCAGCCUGCCUUGUUUGGCAUGCUAUCUGUUGUGAGUGCACAUGCUGCCACACACUCUGCACUCACCAGCCGGCACAGCACUGCCACUGUCACAGCACUGCCACUGUCACAGCACUGCCACUCUCACAGCACUGCCACUCUCACAGCACUGCCACUCUCACAGCACUGCCACUCUCACAGCACUGCCACUCUCACAGCACUGCCACUCUCACAGCACUGCCACUCUCACAGCACUGCCACUCUCACAGCACUGCCACUCUCACAGCACUGCCACUCUCACAGCACUGCCACUCUCACAGCACUGCCACUCUCACAGCACUGCCACUCUUACGCCAUGCUUCUUCACUCACCUCCCCUCGUGUCACAAUGUCGCCAUCGCUUCCCCUGCCCCAUACCCCCCUUCCGUGCGAGCAGAAGGGCCCACAGCACUUCUACACGUGUACGGACGGGCAGGUCUACCACAUCACUGACUGGGCGCGCUGCCAGGUGGGUUGCGGUGCUGCCAGGUGGGUUGCGGUGCUGCCAGGUGGGUUGCGGUGCUGCCAGGUGGGUUGCUCUGCCAGCCCCCUCAGCCUCUCAGCAGCCAAUGGUUUGGGAGUGAGUGAUGUGUUUAUCAAACAUAUAUGUGAUUCUCCUGUGUGCCCCGUGCGCCCUUGCUGCUGGCAGGGCAUGCAGUGCCCGCCCAACACGCACAAGCCCUCCUUCCACUUCAAGCUCUCCACUCACCCACCCUCGCCGCCUGCAUCCUCCGCCUCGCCCAGGAGCCAGCGCCAGAGGGGCAGAGGGGGCAGGGGCAGCGCCCGGGGCAGGGAAGAGCGCGAGGAGGGGUGGGCAGCAGGCAUGGCAGGGGGCAGCAGCGGCGGCGGAGUGCGUGUGGAGCUUAGUGAGGAAGAGAUGGUGACCCUCCUCGCCCGUGCUGUGAGCACUGGCGCCUUGAGCCCCACCCAGCUCUCAGAUGCCCUCAGAACAGCAUCCCAAUGUAGUGACAAGGGCCCACCCCCUCGGCGGAAAGGCAGGCGGCAGAAACCUCACUAA